CCUGCCUGGAUGUUUUGUGCGUUUUCUGUGUACCAUCCUUCAAACACCCUCAUCCCACCUAAGGGGGAGGAGAUGCCGGGAAGGGGGAAAGGGACGCAAAGCAGGCUGGGAUAUGGAGGGAGCCAGGGUCGGCCUGGCCUGCAUUGCGCGGGCCUCCCUCUCCCUGGCGGCGCCGAGGGAGGCCUCCACCUCCUCCUCCCGGCGCUUCCCGGCAGCUUGAGGGUUGCUAUGGCGACCGCGGCCUAGCGGCCUGCUUGUUACCCUUCGGCCACGGCAUAAAGGAAGCUCGCGGCGAGAGGGGCAGGAGGAGGAGGGAGGUCGCCCCGCUCUGGCACUGGGCGGCCUUCACAGUCCCCGGGAAGAAGUCGGUGAGGAAGUGGGGGGCUGGCUGGCUGCUGCGGGCCUUUUAAGCGGGAAGAGAGGAAGGCUUGGGGAGAGAGACAUGGGGAAAGGCGACUUUCAGGUUCUGUGGGGAGAAAACUGCUUUUUAACUCCACAGAACUCAGGAGCCGCCUUCGUUCUGAGCGCACAGCCGCAUUAAAAACGACGACGGGAGAGAAAAGGUCCUAGAAUCAGAACCGUAAGAGGGACCGACGAGGGUCAUCUAGUCCAACCCCUGCCAGACAGGAAUAUUUUGCCCGGCGUGGGGCUCGAACCCACGAUCCUGGGAUGCAAAAGUCUCAGAAAUAGGAAAAGGGCGCGCGCGGCGGGGGGGGGGGGGAAUUGCCGACUUCCCGGCUCCUCCUUUGUCACCAUGUGGACCCUUAAUGCAACUGCUAGUUUUUGUUGUUGGUUGUUUUCUUCCCGUUAUUAUCUAAGCCCCAGCGCGGGGGGCGUUUGACACGUUGCACGUGACCAUCCAGGGAAAUCGCAGGUGUGUUGUCACGUGUGAUGAUGGCACGAGGGUUUGUGUGCAUUUUGACACGUGUAUGUAGGGGAUGCACAGGCUGGUGGGCAGUUUUCUUUUUGGGGCCAGGGUACUUUGAGCAUUAGAACCAAUUUCUCCCCUUGAUUUAUUCAAAGGGAAGAGAUGUUGUUAGUGUUCAGAACCCCACUGCUACAAGUAUUGCCACUCUCAUCAGUCCUCUUUCCCCAUCCUCUCGUACACUUAAUUUUUUUUAUUCUUAAGAUAAUACUUUGUCAUCCUGUUACUCAUGCUGAUUUAAAUGUGGAUUUUACUGUCUUUUAUUUUCAUUUGUAAUGCUUCUAUUUGAUGUAGCUUUCUGUUUGAUGUUCUAAGAUAGGAGGUUAACCAUUGAGAUUAUUUUUAUUUUAGUUUUAUUGUUAUCUUUGGAAAUACAAAGAACAAUGCUCUAAUGGGGCUACUGCCCAAGUUGUGUAAAGAAAGAAGUUACUCCUUUUGGUCUGGAAAGCUGAUUGUCUGAACAGACAGUAUAAAGUAUUUAGGUGGUUGAUUUACCUGCAUUAUAUACUUCUGUUACAGCACAUUGCGGGGGGAGUUGUUGGUACCUUCCAAUUUUUCUAUAUAUAUAUAAAAAAUCUGUUAUUUUUCAGCUUAUUGCUUACCUUUGGAUGAUGAGUGUGUAGGUUUCCGGUUUAGGCCAAGUGGUUUCUCAUCAAAUGGAAGAAAAGUGGACUUCCUCAGAAACUGAUGGUGCUGGUGGUGAUAAUGCAGAAAACAAAAGGAGAGGUGAUUCUGAUUCUGGUUCAUCAAGUCGUAUCUGCCAGGCUCUUGACAAGCUUGAAUCUAAUUCUACAAUCUCUCUGGAUCUGAGUAGAAAAGAUCUACAGCAUCUAACGGAUGACAUAUACAAGUUACUUAACCUUAGAGUAAGUUUAUCACACAUAAUAACAGUUGUUAAAAUAUCCAAUCAGUAAAGAGUAGCUCAGUUAUAAAGUAUAAAAACUUAACAGUGUUCUUGUGUACAAAUUAGAAGUAUAAUUUCAUUAUUCCAAUAUACUUUCUUGAAUAAUUCUAAAGUUUUACAUAUUUUUGAGUAUUUCUAAGGAAUUAAUAACACAUGAAUUAUACACCAAGCAAUCGUUGCAUAUUCGUGUGUGUGUGUGUGUGUGUGUGUGUGUGUGCAUAAUAUAUAUAUUUGUCUUAGCAUUUGCAUCUGGAAGGAAAUGUCCUGUCCAUAGUUCCUGAGGAUUUCUUUCAGAAUGUGCCAAACCUUGUUUGGCUCGAUCUGCGUUACAACAAAAUUCAAGAGCUUCCCCCUGGAAUUGGAUGCCACAAGUAAGUCUUCUGCCCUUUUACUUGUUUAUCAUUCUUUAAAUUAUUCUGUAUGUUGAACAAUACAUACCCAUUAUGAAAUUAAGUACUAUUCCAUUUCUCCUAAAUUGACAUCAGAAACUAUAGUAUAAGAAAUAGAUUUAACACGGUUGGUUGUAGGCCAAACUACGUGUUACAUUAGUCACUUUUUUUAAAAAAAGUGUGCUUAAAUUGGUCACUUUUUUGUUUUGAACAGUGGUGUAGAAACUCUGGCCCAGAGACCUAGCUGGUCCGGCACAGGUCUCAUUUUGCUUGCAACAACACUCGCCUGGCUCACACCUGACAUAAGUGAUGUCAGAUGUCGGACAACUAUGGAUAUGGCUACAAAUGCACAAUUGCAAGGUUAAAACCACCACAGUAGAGAUUUUCCCAUCCAAAUGGAACACAUUUUCCUUUGCAGACAUAUGUAGGAAGCGAUUUGAAUCCAAACUGCUUCCUCAAAAUGAAUUUCAAAGAAGCAGCCUGUGAUCGCUAAGUAACAGCAAGCCUCUUUGAAGGUACAUUCCAGUGUCAAGAUGUACUGAAAUUGAGGCAAUAACUGGCUAUAUAUUGCCAAUGGAUCCCUUAACCAUGUUGUUUGGUUAUAUAAAUGUACUAGCAGAAGAUAAGGAAUUGGUCCUGCAUCUGUUAACUGUUUGUGACAUAACUAUUUGUUAUAAUAGUUAGAAUUUUAAAAAGACACCAACUUUGGAACAAUGGAUUAUUAAAGUUUGGGAUAUUGUAUGUAUGCAUAAGUUUACAAACAUAAUAAAAGUCAAAUGGGAAAAUGAAGUGCAUUUAUUGGUGUAACAAGCUUCAAGAUAAUGUAGACCCAUUUGUUUUGCUUGGAACUUAAUGCAUUUGCAUGCUUCGCCAGUUUAUGGAAUGGAACUCUGUAGUUUGCUUUUAUAUACCCAUUUUUUUGUCCUUCCCUCCAUCCUUUAUAUAUUAUACUGACUAUAAAUAAACUGAAAAGUCACUAAAUGAAUUGACUGAGGCCCAAAAACCUUAAAAAAUAUAUUGCUUAUUUGGAAGUAUCUGUCCUAAAAUGACAUGGCUAAAAGUAUUUUGAAACUGGUCAUCUAAUCAAGUUUAAACAUUGUCUGAUAUAGAAAUGCUGCUCCAUUGCAGCACCUGCAUCCAUUAUCUGAUGAACCCAAGUGAAGUGACCUAACUUCUGAAGGACGUGACAUUUUUCUAUUUUUUGACACUAACCAUAAGAUCCCUUUUGGAAUCCACCUGUAUAAUUCUGUUUCUUUGAAAUAGUUCUACCUCCACUGUCAGAGGCAGUAUGCCUCUGAAUACCAUUUGCUGUGAACUGCAGGUGUGCAGAGGACCGUUGUGCUCAUGUUCAGCUUGCAGACUUCCCAUAGGCAUCUGGCUGGUCACUCCAAGAACUGGAUGCUGGACUAGAUAGGCCAUUGGCCUGAUCCAGCAGCCUUGUCUUGUUAUUUCUGUGAAAGGCUCAUAAAAUAAAUUAGAGAAUAAACAAUUUUUGACAUUUUCAUUUAGAUUUAUUUUAUAUUUACAUUUUGUUUUCUUCUUUAUUGCAAAGGCAGUUGAAAACGCUGCUGUUAGAAAGAAAUCCUAUUAAAAGAUUGCCUGUUGAGCUUGGUAAGUACUCCUCUCUCCCCAGUAAAUGCUUAAGGGAACCUAGUAAUUUUUAGUAAUUUACAUUUAUUGUAAAUGCUCUCUUGAAUAGUAAGGAACUUUGGACAGAUUUCACCACGGCACAAUGCACCUAUGUAGAGGCACAGUGUGACAUGACCACAAUUUAAUUAAUAUAUAAUAGCAACAGAUCUGACGUAAAUGAUUGUUAGGACCAAGACUAAUCUGAUUCAGAAUUCUGUAAUAGUUCCUCAGAGGUUGACUGGGAAACUCUUAUUUCCUUUACUGGUUGGGAUCAUCAGGAGGAGGUUGGAUCGAAGCUCCUUUUUUUACCUGCACUAGUACAGUGGUACCUUGGUUCUCAAACGCCUUGGUACUCAAACAACUUGGAUCCCAAACACUGCAAACCCGGCAGUAAGUGUUCCGGUUUGCGAACUUUUUCGGAAGCUGAACAUGCUCUGUUUUGAGUGUUACGCUUCCAGGUUGAGUGCCACACUUCCGUUUUGAGUGUUACGCUGAGGUCUGUCUGUUUUUGCUAUUUAUUUUGCGUUUUUGUUUUUGUGGCUCUUUUUUGUUUUGUUUUUGUGACUGUGUGGAGCCCAGUUUAGCUACUGAUUGGUUGAUUGUGUGACUGCAGUACAUUGUUUAUUGCUUUCAUUUUAUGGAUCAAUGGUCUUGUUAGAUAGUAAAAUUCAUGUUAAAUUGCUGUUUUAGGGGUUGUUUUUAAAAGUUUGGCAUGGAUUAAUCCGUUUUGCAUUACUUUCUAUGGGAAAGUGUGCCUUGGUUUUGGAAUGCUUUGGUUUUGGAACGGAUUUCUGGAACAGAUUAAGUUUGAGAACCAAGGUACCACUGUAAUGGCAAAUCCCAGAAUAGAGAAAGCUGAAGCAUCAGUCUUUCAACAUUGAUAGUGUUGGUUACAACAGCCCUUUAAAGUAGCCCCAGCCAAGCAAUAGUAAUCAUGGGGGGAGGGGAACUGAGGAAGAGUAGAGUAUGAUAACCCAGUACUGUUAACCAGCCUCUUUGUGUAUUGGGUUGUGUAUUGUUUUUUGUUUUAGAAUAUUGCAGUUGCAGGAGCUGUUAUGUUAAUUGUAGCAGCAAGACAGUGGGGAGAGGUGACUCAUAUGUUUCCCGCUUAAGGGACAGAUAUAGGGUGAUUCAUGGGGAUGGGCUGUUGCCACUAGUAAAACACUUAAAUGAGUAUAUUCAAGUUAAAGGUUCAGAUCCUUUAAUGAGCAGCUUUUUGACCUGUUUUAUGACCAUUGCUACCAUCAUUAUGAGGUAUACACAAUUAACCACAACAAAUGAUGUUAGAAUACACUGCUUGCUUUUUAACAAUUUCAUCUUGAAAUUAUCCAAGCACGGGCAUCCGGGCAUGGGUUGAUGAAAAUAUUAAAUCUCUUUUAACCCAGCUGCCCUGCCAUCUGAAACAAAGCCCGAUCUUGCUCAGAAUGUAUGCUAGGGUCUUUAGUGGGACACUCGGCAUUACUCAUAUUUCUCAACCAUAAUAGCACCACUUGCAGUAUGGAUUUACUGCUGAUGCGUUUGCAUUUGUAUGGUAAUUUUUCUAAUGGUCACAUACUUGGAAUUUAUUUUAAUUUUCUUUUUAAAAUACAGUGGUGCCUCGCAAGACGAAAUUAAUCCGUUCCGCAAGAGUCUUCGUCUAGCGGUUUUUUCGUCUUGCGAAGCAAGCCCAUUGACGGAUUAGCGCUAUUAGCGCAAUCAGCUGUUUAGCGGCUAUUAAAGGCUUAAAGGCUUAGGGGAUUAGCUGCUAAAAGGCUAUUAAAGGCUAUUAAAGGCUUAGCAGAUUAGAUAAAGGGGGGGGAAAGCGAAAAAAAAAAUUCUAGACUCGCAAGGUAUUUUCGUCUUGCGAAGCAAGCCCAUAGGGGAAUUCGUCCUGCGAAGCAACUUCAAAACGGAAAACCCUUUCGUCUAGCGGUUUUUCCGUCUUGCGAGGCAUUCGUCUUGCGGGGCACCACUGUAGCAUGAAAUUAAAUAUGUGUUAGAAAGAACACGAACUCCUCUCUUUGCUGGUACUUCUUGUUUUUUAACGGACAAGCUACCGCCCAGGCAGGGGUGCGGGUGGAGCUGUGGGUUAAACCACAGAGCCAAGGACUUGCUGAUCAGAAGGUCGGCAGUUCGAAUCCCCGCGACGGGGUGAGCUCAGUUCGAAUCCCCGCGACGGGGUGAGCUCCCGUUGCUCGGUCCCUGCUCCUGCCAACCUAGCAGUUUGAAAGCACGUCAAAGUGCAAGUAGAUUAAUAGGUACCGCUCCGGUGGGAAGGUAAACAAUGUUUCCGUGCGCUGCUCUGGUUCGCCAGAAGCGGCUUAGUCAUGCUUGCCACAUGACCCGGAAGCUGUACGCUGGCUCCCUCGGCCAAUAAAGCAAGAUGAGCGCCACAACCCCAGAGUCGGCCACGACUGGACCUAAUGGUCAGGGGUCCCUUUACCUUUACUGCCCAGGCACAGAUGCGCUAACACUCUGAAUUUCUCAGUUAUUUUCUCUGAACAACUACUUCUCUCACAGGGAAGAUGAGAAACUGCUUCAAGAGGAGCCAGUAAGUCUCUUCAGCAAUGAACCAGGCAGUCCCUUCUACACUGUCUGUCUUUAGAGUCACACACAUACAAAGGAAGACCAAAGUGUAGCUUCGAAACAAACCAGGAAGUACCUUCUAAAUUGUCUGCAAAGCGGACUUCUUGGGUGAUUCUGAAGCUGUUUUAGGGUUUUCUCAAUUUGUGUGUGUCUCUGAAUUUCUCCAUAACACUUGUCAAUCACAGCUCUGACCUGAUUUGUUGGCUGAAACAAGGGAGCACUUCUAAUGGUGUCUGCAUGUUUUGCUUUGUAACUUUAAUUCUAUUAUGAAAGUAUUUGCGCCCCCUAACCUGCCGCCGCUGCCAGCUUCUUCUUGCUGCUGCCUGGUCUGGUCUGGUGUGGUUCUCUCCCGCGCUCAGUGCUGCACUGGACAGCCGCUGCACUGUUCCUCCCCCAGAUAGUCCCUUGCUCUCUCUCCGCACCGCACGCCUGGCACCCACCCCCUCCACAGUGGGCGGUGACCCAGCAGCUCGGAUCGGAUUCGCACAGCCAGCACUGCAGUGAGAGAGAGUGAGUGAGCCAGGUAGGGGCAGAGAGCUGCGAGUGCGAGCGCCCCCCCCCAGAUGUUGCGCCCGGUGCGGCCGGCCCCCCUGCACCCCCCACGCUACGCCACUGUGUCACUCCACAGCUUUGACGGGCUCAGGAUCCAAUGGAACCCAGGAAAGCUUAGCCCCUCCCCAAUUCUGAAUGCCCUGUUUUAGGGCCUUCUACCGGCUGUUGGUGGUGGGUCUCAUGCCAGCAGCACACCCACACAUUCAGCAGGUGGAGGGGGGCAGUUCUGUAUCAGUGAAGUGCCACCUGAAACCAGUUUAGCUGUCGGAACUGGACCAACAACACCCUUGAUCAGUGUUUUUUUUCUAAAAAAAUGUUUAGGGGUACUCUCAUUUUCCUACUCAUAUUAAAAUACUGGCCCUCAAUGAGGCCAAACUUAGAUUCACAAAAUGUUUAGGGGUAUUCAUACUCCCACGUACCCCCAGAAAAAAAGCACUGCCCUUGCUCAAUCCAACCUGACAAAGGGGGGGGGUGUUGAUUGCUCUGCAACUGUUUUUUUUUAAUGAAGGCUCAAUCGAGGCCUCCUACUAGUUCUGGGUCCAGUAUAGUGGCACCCCCUAUAUCACCUUUUUAGCGGCGUAGAACCACACCAGUUAAACAUGAACUGCAUCCUGGAGCAACUUAAGCCACUCAUGUGUUAUGUAGCAUCCAUAUUCCUGAAAGCCAAUUAUAUGUUGGGCUCUGUGAGAACAUAAUGGACAUAUCCCUGGUGGGUCAACUGUCAAAAGAUGCUUGAAAGUUUGAUCCCCUCCCUCUGCUUGUUACAAUUUGCCAAAUAUGGACCCUCCUGAUCCAAAGUAUGUCAUAUUUCAGCACACAAUAAUGUUUCUAAUGUAUAAACUUCACUGUAUAUUUCUUUAAGGAAUAUCUUACAUUAUUGCUGUAUAGUAGUCAUGGAUAUUACAUGGAAAGAAAUCUAUACAUUGUUCAUCCUCCUACAAUGGGGAUUUUGUGCACUUUGAGAGUCAUGAUAAAAUCACAGCCUUGUAUCCUCUUAAGAAAGCAUUCCUUACCAUAUGACAUAGGAGGGCUGUAGAUGUGUGUGUGCAGGCAAGCAGAGAUUUUUUACAUUACACAGAAUUUCCCAUAUGAGUGGGUGAGGAGAGCUUAGGAAAAGAAGAAGACAAAGAGGAACAGAAAAUCCACACUGGGAACAGCAAGACUACCAUUCUUAUUACAGCUAAAAUUUCUAGAGGACCAUCCUCUAGAGGAAGUUUGUUUUACAGCGUUCAUAAUGGCUUUUAAUUGCUGGCAAUUUAGAAUAAGGCAAACAAUCUAUAACAAUAUUUGUCUUCCAGAACUGGUUUCAUGGAAAGAAUUUAUGUGCAAAUAUGCUGCAUAAUGCAGUCAUGAAUAAAGUAUAGACUCAUACAGAAUACUAAGUAUUGCACUCUCAGAAAGUAAGGCUGAAAAAGAAAGAAUGAUGUUCAUUCAAGCUGUGAAUGGACUUUUUAAAAUAUCAUUUUCGAGGCAGUGAGAAAAAUCUGUUAUUGACUGCUAUCAGGAUCUUGACACUUUUCAUAUUGUUCUCCCCAAACUGAUGGUAGCUCUGUUUACCUGAAAAUAGGCAGUUGUUUUGUGUAAAAAAUAUUUCUUACCAAACAGUGUAUUCAUAUGAAUAGCAUUUCCAUUUUCCAAAAAGUAUUAUUAUAGGUUUUUACCCUGCAGCAGUGCAAACAUAUCUAUUUCUAUGAUCUGACUAUGGAGAUUUUUAUGCAUUAUGUUUAUUCAUCUAUCCUUGUAAAUAAGCACACAAAAAAUACUAGCUACAAAAAAGUUUACUGUUUUUCUGGGGGCAGGAAGAGGGCUUAUUUAGUUGCAAGUGUCCUCCAGCUGCCUGCCGAUUUCUGUGCUGGGUGAGAUUGAGGGGCUGAAUUUCUGCUGUACAUGUAGUAUUGUUUUUAGUGUUUGAAGAUUUUAUGAUAUUUUAAAUUGAUAAAACUACAUUUUUAUUUGGUUGUUAGCAGCCUUGAGCUUUUAAUAAGGAAGGGUGAUUUGUAAAGGUUUUAAGUAAAAUACAUAAUUAAAGCUGGGUAUAAGUAAGACAUCCCACAUUUCUGCUAGUGGUAAGGGAAGUUCCUGCCCUCCAGUAGAAGCACUUGAGGAUAGGGGGAAGGUUGAUGGGUGGUCUGGAUCAUACCUGCCAAAACACUACAUUGGGUGUGGAUGCCCUAUCCCCAGUUUUGUUACUUUUGUCCUUUUGUUACCUAAGCACUUAGUGCAUACCAAUUGCACACACAGGUGAAUGACUUUGGGGCAGCAUGACUGCAUUAUGUUGCUUGUUGUCUACAACCUCCCUAUCUCCCUUAUCAGCUUCUGUGCAGAAUAGUAUUCUUUUAGUGAUUAGGCUGCCAGUGAUGUCUCUGCCUAUCUUAUGUCAAAAUAAAGUUGUGGCCUUCUUUGGAAUUAUAUGCUGGCAUUUUAGAUUAUGAACCUUUAAGACAGGAAGCUUUUUACCAUUUGUUUUACAGUACUUUUUAUUUGCUCCUAGUAUGGAGGAUAUGGUGCUAUAAAUCUAAGUAAAUAGGUUAUCAUCCCAAUGUGCAAAGGUGUGUGCAUGCAAAAGACCCAUGUGCACCACUGGAAUUUGCUCUAGAGAAGGAGGAAAGAGUUUAAGAUAUUCUGCAGCCUUUGCAGAAUCUCUCACAUUGCGGUUUGUUGGCUUAAAAAGCAAGUUAUUUUUGGACUUCGGGGGGGGGGUUCAUACUUUUUCUCCCCCCCAUUCAAUGCUUUAUUGAGUUUCAUAAAUAACAAAAACAAACUUAUAUAAACAAAAAAUGAUCUUAUGUAAAUAAUCUUAUAUAAAUAUACAGAUAAAAAUUGAUUCAAUCUUAUACAAUCUCUUUUGUUCAACAUUCUUACUAAAGUGUAAUAGACUUCCCAUCAACUCCCAAUGUAUUUACCAUUUCUAAUAUCGAGUGUACUUAUAAUUAUUACCUUCAUCUAUUCAUAUUUUCUAAUACAUUCUUGCCACAUAUCGUUCAAUUUUUCCUUAUUUCUUUGUUAUUAUUUUACAUGGGGGUCACUCAAAUGCAGCCAUAGAUGUCACACCGCUGUUAUGUUUUUGUAAAUAUAUCUUAAACAUGUCCCAUUUUUGAAUAAAUGAUACUUUCUCAAUAAGACAACUGAAGACUUCAGAAUUGUGGCCUGGGUCUCUUGUUUUCUAAGGAAUCUCCCCUGUCUGAUUAAAAGCAAAAUUUUAACUGUAGCUUUGCUAUACUGUAUUCAGUUUUGGCUUAAAGCUUUUAAAAACAUGUUUAGAUCACACAUUAUCACACUUUGCUCAGUAGAAGUUGGUAUUUACAAUAUUUCCAAUUCUGUGAAGGAACAGGAGACUACAUUCUGUCUUUGAGACUGUCAUGGUAUUUAACUUGUUCUUUGUGUUUGUAUAUGAGAAUUGACUCCACACUUUCAGGCAAUACAAAAUUAGGUCAUACCAUCUGCCCUCAUGACAAACAUACUGUUGAUCUGGGAUCCUUCCAUAGUGCCUAAAAGCAUCUUAAAAUAAUAUGUAAGGGUAGCAUUACAAACAUUUUAACCUCAUUUCUGGGAAAUCACAGAGUAGUUUGAUUGCAAUUGGUAUGAAAUAAGAGGCAUGUAUUUUCCAAAAGCCCAAGAAUUGCCCCAUGUCAUUUUUUGGUUUUGGCUUCAAACAGUUGAAUGAGUCGUCUUUUUUGUGCUCUCUGAAAGUACUGUUAAGAUCUAUUAAACUGUGUAUUUGGAAGCUAUAUGUAGCUCUUGUGUUUUUCAAAUGUCUAGCUCGCAGGUAAUCAAGAAAGCAGCCACCUGAGAUUUCCAUUUGUCAGCCACCUCUUUAUAUCUCCUUCCCAGGCCCAUGCUCACAGAUCUAGAGGUUUGACAGGAAAAGCUGAUACAGCCUGGGCAGAAAAUAGACCCGAGCCCAACAGUAGCAAUAGAACUAUCUGUGGGACCUAUCAGUAGGAAGUCUCCACUGAUUAUGUAUUAGAUUGAGGGGGGAAAGAAAAGGCAGCUACUUAACAGGGGGCUGAGAAAAGUGAGAGCAGGGCGGGAAUAAGAUCUGGAGAAUGCUUUGGGGCAGAAAGGAGAAAGGGCAGCAGAGUCUGUGUUGGUACAAGGUGGUGAACCUGCAGCCCAUGGACCACAUACACUUACUGGUAGCAUACUGGUAGCAAAGAGGGAAAACAGUGUGAAAGGGAAAAGCUCAGAGGGAGAAAAGGGUGUGCAAGUGAGAGAGAAUGUGUGCCUUGUCCUGGUCUUGCCACUUUUGGCUCUGGCUCCACCUACCCCUAACAUGCAGCUUUUCUCCCUCAAUGUUUAAAUUACAUGGGAGGGGAAAGUGUUCCUCAACAGCAAGAUGAUUCUGCACCCCUGGUACAGUAGUGUUGUAGAAGGAGAAGCUGCUGCUGAAGCAUUACAUUAUCGAGUGUAUAAAUAUGUUUGUGUUUGUCUUUAACCCCCUAGGAAUGUUGACCAUCUCUGAAUAAAAUGUGUCACAAAAACGUUACGUGGCAGUGGGUGGAAUUCAACUAUUGGAAUUAAUAGACGUAACUUAUUCAUGUUCAUUGAUUUCAGUGGGUCUGCUCUAGGUAGACCUAGUGUUGAAUUCCACCCACUGCAUUGAAUGUUCCCAAAUGACUGGUGGUGGUCAACUUAAACCAUUUUUUCUUUUUUGGCAGGUAACAUAAGUUCACUUACAGCUUUGAAUCUCAGGCAUUGUCCCCUAGAAUUUCCUCCUCUUGAGGUGAUACAGAAGGGCCUGCCAGCCAUUCUAUCCUUCCUUCAAAGGAUGAGUGGUGAGAACCUUGACUAUAGAGAACCUGUUACUCCAGGUAUAGUAACUUUAAUAUGCUUUUUUAAAAGAAAAGAUGUGUCCGCCUAGAGAAAAAUAAAUAGAUAAGAACUGUUCUUUCUACAUAUAUAGUUCAGGGGUCAGGUUGUGAAGUCAUAGAUGUGAAGUUAAUUAUUGCAUUUUAUGGCAUAAGGUUAAAAGUUUAUUUUUAGUCUGUUUUUGUGUUGGAAGGCUCUGCUGUCAUCCUAACAAGAACAGGAAGGGUCAAUUUAAUGAUUCAGUUAGUUAACUUUGUGGAGUCUGAUUAGGCUGGGAUAGUAUGGCCAUGUAUAUUUCCUCAUUACAUCUCAUUGUGGUAUGUACAUUGGAAGCAGAAUGAGGAUUCAUUCGUUUGCCCUGUUGGUCUCUCUUGUUUUACAGAAACCCCAAAUUACCCCUGUGGGUCAUAGUGCUGGCCCAUCAGCCUUCUCUGUGCCGGCUCAGGUUUUAAGAGUGCUAGAUAGUCUUAGCACCCCCUAUUAUUGUGAAUGGGCACUAUACCCAUUGAAGACAAUUUGUCUUCUGACAGAGCCUCAGUGUACAUGUUUAUGUGACUUCUCAAGCUGUGAAAUAGGCUUCAGCUGCACUUAUUAAUGGUCAUAAGUGGUUCUCAUGUGGAUUAUAUUUCAUAUGAAGCUUCUGCUUGUAUUUUAUCUCCUGCCUUUAUAUUAGUUCCAUAGUUCAGAACCGAUGAGGUGUCUUACAUUUGGCAAGACAUGAGGAAAGAGUUGUUCUGAAUUCUUAGUACCGAUAUUUGUGGCAUCCUGAAAAAGCAUUCAAAAAUCAAACUUUCUAAAUUGUCAUCUGGUUCAGCUUUAGUUGCAUAUAAUUACCAUUAUUUGGAUAGAAAUGUUCAUCUGCAUAAGCAUCCCACUGAGAGCAAUGCAUUGUGGAUUUAAAACAUUCACAUUCAGACUGCGUAGUCAGAAGUGUUUAAAAUGUAUACCUGCCCAGGAAGAAAUCUUUCACUGUAUUUAUGGCAUACAGUCAAAAGCUAAUGUUUAAGUGUUUAUGUUAUAUCAAACCCCACUUCAUAAGAUUGAUUGAUAAUGGAUGCUGACUUGAAUAAUACUGUUCUGGUUUUAUUUUAUUUUUUAAUGUAUGGGGGAAACCCAAAAACUCAUUUUCCUGAAACAAAAUAAGUCUUGAGUCUGGAAUUAUGAUGCUAUUCUGAUUCCCAUUUUUAUGAAAUAAUUACUUGCCAUGGGGAGGUUUAAACAUUGAGUGUCAAGACUUGGAGAGGAAGGCUGAUUUCAUGAGAGACAUUUUAAUUGUUUUGUUAAUUUCCUGUAUCUUCAUGAUGUAAUACCUAUUAACAUUUUUGAAGAUAUUGUAUCAGUCAUGCUUCAGUUUCCAGAUCGAAGCAGUCAUUAGAAUUCCUGGCAAUGGCUACGUAGAAACAUCAGUUUAGAUAAGUGCAGAUUUCCACAUCUCUACUUAAAGGCAUUCCAAUCACUAAACUUCUCCUUUCUGCAUACCCAUAAUAUAUGCAGGACCUUUAUAUGUGAACCUUGCUACACCACCAGUUUCUAGUGCAGGAGAAGCCACGCCCAGAUUUUCUGUGGUGCAGAUUUAUGGAAAAUGAAUAUCUACAUGACUAUUACAUUAAAUAAGCACAUUUCCUGGGACUAGAAUUCAAACUUAAAAUGCUGCAUUCUUAUUUUUCACAAUUAAAAAAUGGUGUGAUGUGACUUGUGAAAGUGGCAUAAAUCUUCCUUAACAACUGGUAAUGUUUGAUGUGUCCAUAAGCUGUUGGCCUUCAGGGAAACAGAAUGUUUAUUAGAUCAGUGCAGAAAUUUGUUAAAAGAGUUGGAAAAGGAGCAUCAGCUUGGUGCCUGCUUAAACAACACACUUUUAAUCCUUGUUUUAGACUGUCAAUGUUUCAUUUUUCCACAAAAUCAUAUUGCUCCAAUAUAACUGGAUUGUAACUGGAAAAGGACAUACUGUAUAAGCAUGUGAUUUCUCGCUGCAAACAUACUACGCCUGAAGGAAAAGCAUGCUUUUUGCACAACUAGACUCGUAUUUUAUCUGUCGCCGAAAGAACAGACUAUUCCCAGGUCAAGAUAUUCUUCAUAGAGUAUUUGUAAAGAGUCAUUCCAUGCCAGUUUAGCCACUUAUAAAGUGCACACGUACCUUGAAAUUCUGUAUUUCGCAGAUUUGCCUUCUCCACUAGAAGAAGAAGCAAAGGCCAUUGUUAGAGAAUAUAAAAGAAAAUGCGACAGACCACCAGAUCGCAGGAAAGCUUUCAACGAUUUGUGGAGACAGAUGAGCUGCCUUAGUGAGUUUAGCAGAACAUAUCAAGUUAGAGGGCAACAACAUUUUGAUGUUCAUUCUUUCGUACAUAUUUUCAUUUUCAUUUCCAUUUCUGUAAUCUGUUUAGUUCAGAUGUUGCAGCCAAAUCAUGGUUUGGACAUUAGGAUUGUGCCUCAGGCUCAUGCACUGCCUUCUCUCCUUCAUGUGCUUGAGUUUCCUCCUGCACCUCUUGAUCUAUAGUAACCAUAGUUUGCUGUGAUGUCCAAAUAGAGCAAUAUGUGUUGACAGCAAGCCAUAGUUUGCCCGGAAACCAAAUUCUGGGAUUCACAUUCUGGUAUAUGGAUAUCCAUAGUUGUCAAAAACUAGGAAAUUUGUAUGUGCAAGGAGAUGAAGUUGGAAGAACCAUAUGAUUCCAAAUGAUGGCCUCAAGAGCCAAAAAAAUGGUUUGGCUGUGAUGCCUGAACCAAUUCAUUGUAAAUAUGUAUACAAAUUGUUCCAUCCUUUGUAAUCAAAUAAGGUCCUAUCCAGACUGCAUUGUUUUACAAGAUUGUUUUUACCCAUUAGUGGGCAUGGUCCACUAAAGUCUGCCCCCACCCCCGUGUCCCACCCCAAGUCAAGCAGCUCCAUUCCUGGGAAAUUGCAUUUUCCUUGUAGUCAAACCACAGUAUUACGCUUCUGAGAAAAUACAGUUCUAUUAGAAUAAUUAUUUUGUGUACUGUGCAUCAAUUGGAUGGUGCCUGUAAUAGCAUUUCUCUUGCACUUUGCACUCUCUAACAAGUGCAACUCUAUUUUUACUGCCCCACGAGUUGAUCUACUUCUUUCUCUGUUUUGUUGCAUGUUUUUUUCCCCUCCCACAUUGGAUGCUAUGUAUCCUUAUGUAUUUUUCUUUUUUUAAACAAAGUACCUAUACCCCAAACCCAACCCAUUUCCAUCCCUGUCCAUUAGGUGGAAUUAGCAAUAUAGUGCCAUUGGUGCUGGAUCAGAACUAGUGAUUCUUUAACCCUUACGUUAUAAAUACUUUUUUUGAACCCCUGAACUUCUGAGGGUCAUACAUGAAAUAAUACAUUUUUCUUUAAUUUUGUGAUUUAUAGAUGUAAUUCGAUUUAAAUCCAGAAGUGCUCGGGAAUAUCCUGGGAUACACAGACUGAAUGCUUAUAUUGCUGCCAAUAGUCUGAACCGUAGAAGUGGAUCAUAUGCAUAGAUGUUUAAAUAGAUGUUAUUAUUUAUCGCUUUAUAUAUAUUUAUCCAUAAUGUCUUAGAAUUUUUCUGGACUGAACCAUGUAAGAACAGCCUAUUUAAAGUAGAGGUGAAAUUCCUCUGUAUUAUAUAUGUGUACAAUGUUUGUUGUAAAAUAUGGUGCACUCCUUUUAUGCUUAGCUCAAACUGCUGCCUGUUCGAGAUAAAAAAGUAUCAUUUUGCAUAAAGUAUAAUGACCCUAAUGGCCUGAUUCUGAGACCAUGUCCCACCAAAUAAAUGUUUAGGUUGGGAAGUAUCAGAAAACUACCUUGUUACAGCAUCUCAAAAUAUGAUUUGGAAUCAAAAUUGCAGCAGUAUUAUGAAAGCAGAGAUAUUGGAUCUGUGUGAUCAUUCCCCACUGUUUCAUUGCCUCUUAGGCUUACAGUGCAUUUAUAUGAAUGUGUCUGUCAUAAGAAGAGUGUACUGUAGACACUGCUCAAACUGUAUAUGCAAAUUAAUGAUCAAAAUAAUAUUAAAAAGCAAUAGUGAGGUAGUUUGUGUUUGAAAUGCACUGAAGGCAUGAGAUUCCUCAUAGCACUUAAAUGUAAACCCGAUUGCAUGAUCAGUUAUGGAAGCAUAAGAAUGUAGAGUCAGAUGGUAUUUAUAUUUAUCCUAACUGAAAUCUAUUUGUACACAUGCAAUGUUUGUUUUCAAAAUCACUGUAAAUAUUUCUGAAAAAUACUGUAUGUUUUAUCAGUGCUUGUUAUGGCCAUGUGUCUAGAAAAUAAAUUAUAUAUUAAAAUAUGCAUUAGAUCUUGUCUAAUUGCCUUCCUUGGUGCAUAUAUGAUUUGUGCUGUUCUUGUAUUGUGGUACCUACAAGUUACCCCAGACCCCUUCGCAAAGCUAAAAGCGGCAUCUGCGGGGAUUAAGAUCAGGGAAACAGCAUAGAGGACAGACUUAAGGCAUGGCCCUCCAGAUACUAUUGGACUCCCAUCAGACCCAGCCAUCAUGGCCAAUGGUCAGGGAUUGUGGGAGCUGUAGUUCACCUCUGGAGGGCCACAGGUUAAAAACCUAGGAAGCUUCUUAGUACUGAGUCACAUCAUUGGUUCAUCUAGCUCAGUAUUAUCUACACUGAAUGGCUAUGGCUCUGUUUUCGAACCAUGGCUCUUCUCCUAAUCUAUACUCAAAUACUUUAAGAACUGAUGCCACAAGUUCGUGUUUGGAUCAGAUUCUUCUCCUCUUAACCUUUUAUAUUUAAAAAGCUCUGUGUAGUCUAUUAAUGCUUGUGAGUAAGUUGCCAUAAAUGAAUAGAAAUUAUCUGCUAUUCUACCCAGGAGGCCAAUUAAAUUAAAAACCAAGCCUCAAGGGGUUCUCUGUUCCAUGCACAAAUAUUUCUAGGUUUGGUGACAUUUAUAAGCAGGGAGAUUUCAAGUGCAGGUUGAAUGUGUCUGGAGACUUUCCCAGGCCUGUAAGCAUUUAAUAUGCCAGUCACUUUGGGAUUUGUGUGUGUUGCCCUUUUACCUGAUACAUAUUUUCUCUGGCAUUUACAUCGUAUUAAUUGUGCAGGGUAAUCUAGUCUGUGUUACAUGUACAGCUAAGCCCUAAGCACACUCCAUUGGUGUUGCUCACGUUAAGCAUGUAAAUGAAGAAUAUGGCAACUUUAUUAUUUACAUGUGCAUUUUUAAUUUGCAUCUUAAUAAAACAGCAGGCUUUACAGUCUUGCUCAUCUAAAUCCAUGCCAUAAAGGGCAGCUACUUUGCUACAUCCUGGUGCCAUUUGCAUGCUGGGAAAACCAUGGGUGGUCAGCAUUCAAAAACAAGGCACAAAGUUUUCGCCAGGAAUUGGGAAGGAACUGUAUAAAGAGCCAGCAACAUCAGGAGCCCCAAGGCAACCUGCACAUGACUGCAGGAAUCUACAGGUCUCUAUACAUCUGAGGGCUUCUUUCAACUUUCUAUUCCUUCCCAACCCGUGAAGCUCUCCCUGGUGAGAGCUGUUGCACUUCUGUCCAUCCUAUACCUUCCAGAAGAACUCCCAUUUUUCCUGCUGGGCCCCUUAGCCAUUUUACUGGAUAUUCAUUGUUGAGGUUCAAGGGCUACUGGUUGCUUGGUUAUAUGUGCUUGCCUGAUCAUAGCUCAGCUGUGGCAUUAUGAUGUUCUUCAUAUUUAUACACUUUCUUAGCUGGUAACCGACACUACAGUUCUAACCAAGCCUACUAAGAUGUAAGUUCUAUUGAAUUAAGUAGGGCUUGCUCCCAAGUAAAUGGGGCUAGAAUUGCUGCAUCAGAAGUGUUCCUCUGGGUUGAUUUGCAAUCAUUUGCUGUAGAUUCCUGAACUAAGUGACUGAACGAAGCCUUAGAGUCUUCCACCUGAUGCUGGGUCCACCAUCUCAUAUAGCAUUUAUUUUAAAGAAUUAUACCUCGUAUUUCAAUCAAAAUGUUGCCCAAAUUUCUGUUCUGCUAGAACAGAAACAUUCUAUAAAUUCAUUAAUUCUAGUAAAUGUGUGAAAACUCAGCCUAUCCUGAAUCUUGUGUCUUAAACGAAAGAUAAAAUAUUGAAUAGUGAUUUAAAAGUGGAAGGAUCCGUCAAGAUAUACUGUACUUAUGAACUGUUGUCUAUUCAGAACAAAAAAUAAUGUUAAUAUGCAUCCCCAAACCCUGAACAGUGAGGCUUCAGGUGUGCACCAUGUGCUCAAAUUUGGCUUCUUUUGAAUGAGGUCAGUGGAGGCUUAAUAACAUUUUGUAAUAAUUGCAUCUAUUUAUAAACAUACUGGCUGAGCAUAAGUGGAGACACAGCAUUAAACCAUUCUUUACAGUUAAUCCAAAAUUUCCUGCUCUUCCAUAAAACCUUAUGGGGAACAGCAAGAAUAUUAUCAAAUCUUCAGAGCCCAACUCAGCAGUGUCUUCUCAGCUUCUCAACCUAACCCUGUAACUUCUUCCCAAACAGCAUGAUGACAACAUCCUCCACAGAGAUGCGGGAAGUGGGGAAAGAAAGCCCUCCUUCCUAACAACUAGCCCCUAUGGAAACAUUUCACCUUAGUUUGCUUAGCAAUAGAACAUGCUUAGCUGGAAUCAGCUUGGCAGGUUUCAGGCUCAUCAACUACUCUCAAAAUUUCAAACUCUUUGAAUUUGGAAGGGAAUGCAAGAGGCAUCCCUCAAUCCCAAACCAGUAUGGUAUGGCAUUGGUUUUUGUUGCUUUUCCUGUACUGUUUGGCGCCGUUCCAGGAACAAUGGUUCGUAACCUGGGCUGUGAACCUAAACACAAUUAUAGGGGGAGAGACCAUUGGACAUAAUGGGACUGCCUUCUAAAUAAACAUGCCUAGGAUUGAACUGCAUGCUAUUUCCCAGCUCGAGUUAUAUACAGUAGUCACACAUUAAGGACUUAAAGAACUUUCCCCCCCAGAGCUCUGUAGGAAAUACACGCCAUACCCAACAUACAUGCCAUAACUGUUUUUCCUAGUCACACAUUGUGGAAAACCUAAGAGAAAAUCUACAUAAUCUGCCUACUUUAACAGUGCAGUUCUAACCAUGGCUACUCAGAAGUAAGUCGUAUUGAAUUUUAUGGCUCUUGGAUAAAACAGAUUAGAUUUGCAACCUAAAACAAUAGCGGUGCAUCAGAUGAUAGGAAGGGUCCUCUAAUCAGACAUUACCUUGGAAUGCUCAGAGAAAGUAUGAGGACAAAGUCUAAAACUAGUGUUCACCCCUUGUAGCAAAUUUGUUGCCAUGACUGUAUCAGAUACAAGAAGAACGUGCUAUACUUGGUCUCAUCAUACGUUAAAAUGGUGAAAUGCCAAGCUAUUAUUUCAGGUCCAUUAUUCUUCAUCCAGGUAUAUUGUUUCCCAAGUAUGACAUUUGCCUAUUCAAGAUACAGAGAAAUAGAAAACAUGGAGGUUGUAUAGAACUGAAAGGCCAGAGGUAUUGGGAGGUCAGAGGAAGUAGGAAAGAUGUGUAGGGUCUAUGCCUUCUAGGUUCCUAGCAAUGUUUUGGGAUUCAGCACUUCUGGUGGUAAGGCAUACUGCAUCAUAGGCAGAUUUAGGGGAAUAUGACCGGUUCAGUCACACUGGGCCCAGAGCCUUGGGGGUGCUGCCGAGGAUAUUGCAACUGUGAUGUAGAAUGCAGUAUGAGAGGCAGAGGGGCACCACAUUUUGGCAUUGCACAGGGUGCCACUGAAAUUUGAGACCCCAAGACCUGCUGCUGCCUACCUGCCAGAAUGGAGCUCAGGAUAGCAAACCAGCAAACGAGAAUCAAUGAAACCUUAUCCUCUCACCAUGCAAAGAAAAUGGGAACAGGGACUAAUGGAUAUGUAAAAUAAACUAAUAGUAUUCCCUUUUUAGGAGAUGAGGAAGAUGUUUCCAAAAUAAUCUUUUUUAAUGACCCUACUAAGAUCAUAAAGCAUGGAUUGAAGGAAAAGGGGCAGGGUAACAAAUCCAUCAGGCUCUAACGUAAAACAAGUGGCAGAGUGAAGAGAACUGCAAAAUGUAUUAUUUUUCUUUUCAUCAAGCUCUGUUUUCUCUGCCAGCAUAGAAAACAUUUCCAUGUACAGUACUAUAGUGUCAUUUCUGAUGAUUGCACUGUAAUAGUGAGCAGAACAGUGGCUGAGAAAAGCAAGCCAGGCUUUCAAGAGUAGAAUCACAUUGCUUUUUAUGCUUAAUUCUGGAGAGAGAAAGAGAGAAAAUAACCAGGUCUUGUUUUGCCAUUUUCCCUUCAUGACUGCUUGCACCAAUGAGUUUACUACACUCACCUCUUUUUGAUUCCAAUAGAAAUUCCUCCUGUUGAAAAGUUAAACUUGACAGACUUCACAAAAUCCAGUUUGGAUUUGUCAGAUGGAUGGCCUAAUGAAGAGGAAAUGGUACGGUUUCAGAAGCUAAGAAACGAACUUAUACAAGAUGAAAGAGAGGAGUACCUGGAUAACAAAAUGGUACCCAAUGAAUCCAUGCCUUCGUUAAGAAGACCAAAGACUAAAGAGAAGCUCUCUCGUAAAUCAUCCAUGUUUUCAUGCAGGUAACAAAAUGCACUGUGCAACUUGCUCUGCUUUUAAGUUUCUUAUGGAGAAAAAUAUAUUUAGUAUAUUAAAAUGCAUGUAAAUAGUAAGUUGCAUUUACGUAAUUAAUACCCCACAAGAGGCCUCUGAAAUCGGAGCCUUUCAUAAAACUCUUCAUAAGGUGGGUGAGGGAAUCAGAAUUUUGGAAGGGAUAGAAAGAGUCCGCAGGUAAUUAUAUUUUAUUAUUUUAUGUGAGCCACCUUUGGGAUUUUUCUGAAUUGAAAAACAGGCUAAAAAUCAAAUUAUGAUUUAUAUUUGCUGGUUGUCUUCUAUAAAUUCCCUAAGCAGUGUACAAAAACUAAUAUAAAACUCGUAUCUAGCUAUCUGCACUAGAAUCCAAAACUAGCACAAAUAACCAAUAAAUUGUUUUUACUGAUUUAAAUAUUAUAUAUUUUUAAUAACCUACCCUGUUGUCAUCUGCACUGGGAUCUUAUAGUGAAGGGUGCCUAAGAAAUCCAAUAAAUAAGUAUCACUAUUAUAAUUUAACACAUGGUAAAUGUGAUUAAUUUAUCAGCCAGCUGUACAAAUGUCCUGGGUGAAUGAAUGAAGGUUUGACAGUUGUGAAUGAAACCUUGUUAAUAUUAUCCUAGACAGUGCACAUCACUUAGCACCUUUCUUCUUGCAUUUCUACUCUUGUCUGCUUCACCCGCCAGGUGCCCUCCCAGCUGAUGAAAUCCAAAUCAUCUGGGAGGCACCAGGAUGGCAAAGACUGGUCUACCGCGUGAUGUGAAUUAGAAUAUGUUGAAUUUUUAAACAUGAAACAAUUGUAGAGAUCCUUGAAUCGUAAUUAAAAUUGUUGAAUGUUUCCCUUCACCUAUGCUAUUGUGACAGCUGUGCUAGCUGUUUGCUUUCUGUAUUUUCAAACUUCAAGCAUGCCACAUUUCAAAUGCAAAUAAAUAAGGCUCAGAGGUUCCAGGAGAAGAUGCUGCCAUCGUUUCAGACCAUUCUUGCAUAAUUCUUCAAAAGCCAACCCUGUGUUUCAGAGUAUAAUUCUACAUUGUAGGAUCUUGAGGACAUAUAACCAAUAUACAAGCUAACUACCCUUCAGCUUGCACAGAGCUAUAAAUUGCUUGAUGGGCUAAACAGCUGCCUACCUUUCCCUUAGGUGAGAAAUAAAUUGUGGCACAUUUGACAGAGGAGACAGCAAAAGUACAUGUUGAACAAUCCAGAGUUAUAGUUGACAGAUUAUACUGCAGGAAAGGCACUUAACCCACAAGCUAUAUCAGAGGAACACUGGAGAAUGAAUAACAUUCUUAGCACAGUGUGUUGUGUGGCACAAACACAGUUCCUGUAUUUUUUCCCCUUUCCUGAAGAAAACCAGAAGGUGGCAGACUGUGUACACUCUCUUUACAUGCAUACAUUGCAGUAAGUGUGCAACUGAUACAUGCUUAAUAUAGUGUAAAAAUAAUAACAUAUGGUCUCUAAAUGCAAUUAGUUUUGUUGCUGUUAUGUGUGUUUACUGUAACUAUCUCCUCAGUCCCCCACAGGCCAAAGUUGUGUUAUUGUGUUGAAGGUUCUGCCUGGAGAACCAGGCAUUCUGAACUAAAGGGACUAUCUUUUAUGAAGCUGGAAUAGUCUGGGAAAUAGAAUAGAUAUUUUCUAUAUAUAGUGCCAUUUCUUUUCAGCUAUUGAUGUUAAACAAUUGUUUUGUUUGACCCUUAAUGUAAAAUUUAAAGGACUUUGGCAAGAGGCAAGAAGACCCUGUUCCCUGCAGUUUCAUCAUACGAUGUGCUCAUUCAGAGUAAGAAGGUAGAGCAGUGCCGAUUGGCAGCACUAAAGGACAUGAAGGAGAAACAAGCUUUAAUCGAACAGCGGAGAAAGCAAGUAUUAUUAUUGGAAUUAUUAGCGAGUUAUUUGGAAAUUGCCAUGCUGUUCUGAACACACACACAUGGCUGUUUCCUACUUGACAGAAUGCACAACCAUUGCAGAUUGUUUGCCUGUAGACAGGAAUCUGUAGGAGCUUUGCUCUGCUUUUUGAUGGUUUGCAUUCCUUUGCAAUGAUCCUAACUCACAUUUACUCUGGGCAGAGCUUCUUGUGGUGGCGGCAGCCCUACAAGCAAUGGGAAAGGGCAAGACUUCUUCCAGAACAGAAACAGCAGGUGGGAAGAAGGUGCCAAACUCUUCCACACCCACCAAUUUUCACUCCCUCACCAGCCAAGUUUCUCCCAGCAGGCUGAGAAAUGAGUCAAGCUUGGGUUGAUAGUCCAGAGAGAGGGCAGACUUGGAGGGAUGGGGAAAACCGCAGCUAGAAAGAGAUGCUCCACACCCACACAGUGCUUCUCUUCAGGCUGUUGUGCAGCUUCCAUUUUAUUGCUUUUUUACUGGCAAGGUGCUGUCAAAGACAUAGGCCGUCUCCUGUCACUGUUCAGUGCCAUCUUCACAUGCAUGCUACAAGGCCCCAUUCCUCUUGAAAAAGUUCCCAGUUCAAUUAUCAGCUAAAACGAUCUCAGGUAGGAGGACUGGUAAAUACCUUUGCUGGAGGUUUUAGACUCCAGAUAAGAAUUGCCAGACUGAGGACCUGAUGCAGCCGAUGCUCCUAGCUCCCCACUCUUCCCCAACAUCACAUUUCACCUUUUAGAAACACAAUGAGAGGUUUUUUGUGUGUGUUUUUUUCUAAACCUGAGUAUGGCAUGGAGGGUCUGUUUGGGAGUACUCCUGGUCUGAAUGACAUGAUCAUUUUAAAUUUGCUGUGAUCCAACAUCUACCUAGAUCACACCUAUGGAAUGUAAAGUAGGUUAUCUAUAGCUUAAUACAUACAAAUCAAAUGCAGUUCUUUCUCUCUGAAUAUAUCUCCAAGUGCAACUUUUCAGCACCUCUGUAGCACAUACAUGUUGCUUUCAACAUCUGCAGAGAGACAGAGAGAGCUUGAUAGAAUUUUAUUUCAUUUCUUUUGGUAGAGAUAAAGAAGUGCUUCAGAAAUGGAGGAGACGGAGCAGGAUGAUGAAAGAGAAGAAUGGCGUAUCGUACUCAUUUGAUAAAGAAGACACUGAGGUAUGUAACAGCAGCUGCACUGUAGAAACCUGCAGUUGAUUCUCAUCUCUGACACUGGUAUGCUAACUAACCUUGGUCUAGCUGCUCUAUUUUUCUGUGCAGUUGUCACCCCAUCCCCGACAGCUUACUGUUUGUUACUCCAUCAGCUGUCUUGAAAUCCCAUCCUAAGGAGCUUCUUUAUCUGCUAGGGAACCCAUAGAUGUUUUACAGUUGAAACGUCCUCUUACUUUAGGCAAGUGUAGAAUAGAACCAUCCAGUCCUGCCCUACUAAUCACCAAAUUCUUUUCGUCCCCUGCCUCAUGUUAAAAAGUUUUUUGCGACCCAAAGUCAGAGAUACUGUGCAGGAUUACAUGAGGUUGAUUCUGCUCCCACCAGAGGGCAGUUAUCUAGGUCACAGGCAAAGUGCCAAGGAUUGUUGGUAAACCAAUUCAAACGCUGGCUGGUUCCUGACAUUAGCACCAGGGUGCCAUUUCUGUCCUUAAACUACACCUGCACCUAUUCUAUCUAAUCUGAUAAGCAGUGAUACCAUCAGGAGAGAACUUUAUCAGCAGAAUGAGGAGGAGGACUUCCAAACACAAUUGGACUGCUUCUUACAUUACACCAUACAUUUCAAGCACAUAGAUUCCCCCUCACAGAAUCCUGGGAACCAUAGCAUGUUAGAGGGUGCUGGGGACUGUAGCUCUGUGAGGGGUAAAUGCACAAUCGGUGAGUUUCAGUGAAACGGCAAACAUGCGGAUCCCAUUAUUUAUAUGCAGGCAUGCUAUUAAGGAAACCAUGCUUUGAUUACUGAUGUGCAAAACAUUUGAUGUGAGUAGGGUACAGAGUACAUUAUCAGAUCCUUGACUCUGCAGCAUUUCCUACAUGGACCAAUCACUUCACUGGCAUUCAGAGAGCAGCGCAAGACCAUCUUUGCAAUAAUAGGAUUCCAGGGAUAUGAAUUGCCACUUGAUUAUCCGCUCCAGCCUUUGGUACCAAGGCAGGGUCCUACAAAGAUCAGCCCCCUACAUAUUGAACCCCCACCGUCAAACUUCUCUCCAGUAGAGAUUUUGUCUAGAACGAUUGCUGCUCAGCCUUUUGGAGGAAGCAGGUGCAAAUUUAAGUAAACACUUAGGCAAUGGCAUCAUGGCUCAGUCGGGGGGAGGGGGGCAUGUGUGUUGUAGGUGUCGAAACAUUCGGCACAUAGCUUUUCAAAAACUGCGACUGCCCAAGCUGUUUGGAGGCGUUGAAGCAGAAGAGCUUUCGUUUAAAAUAGGAUUGUUAAAAUUGAUGGAUGCCUCCUGAGGUUUUUGCCUCUGCCAAGUCAAAGCCAAUGUAGGCUGGAUAUGACAAUUAAUCCAGGAGAGAAAAAUCUGUCAUCCUGAUCCCAAGAGAAAGCUGCAUUGUUUUUAAAGAAACCCCUUUAGAGCAGCUCGUUGACUACUGCUCUUUUACAUUGGUUUUCUUUUCUUUUUUUUUAAAAAAAAGCAAUUCACAUUGAGAAUAUUAACAUGGUAACAUUUUAAUUUCAUUCAAAAAAAUAGGCAAUACCAAUCAAUAGACUAUAUUGCAACUGAUAUUGUUUAUGUUAUUUUAGAAUAUGUAAGUCAAAAGUCAGACUUGCUUUUUUAAAAAUAUUGAUUGGAGUCAGGUCUUAAUCAGCAGUCAUUAGAGCAUGAAAUCUCAAGAGUUGUGGGUUCAAGCCCCACUUUGGGCAAAAGACCCCUGCAUUGCAGGGGGUUGGAGUAGAUGACUCUUGUGGUCCCUUCCAACUCUACAAUUCUAUUAUUCUAAAUGCAGGAAAUGGUAACCAAGUUUCUUAAAGCCUAUAGCACAUGGUCUCUUCCACUCACCAUACUCUCUCCAUCAUAUUCUGAUGCAUCUCUUAAAGGCUUCAGCAGCAACAGAGACAGGGCGAGGACAGGUUAACCUGAUCUUUCCACGCUGACUAAAAAGCUUGUGAUACAAGCAUCCCUCCCAUUCAAGCCUGCUAUUCUUUAUUUGAAGAAGCUUCUUUUGCAUCAGAUUAAUAACUACUGACUCAUACCCUCAUAAAUGCCUUCUCUUUUAUUCUGAUCACCUGUGCCUGAAUGAAAGCUCCGGGUAGCUCAGAUGCUUAUUCUGCCAGCAUUUGGAAUCUCUGUUCUUACUUGCCUCGUUUGCUUAGUGUAUGCACACAUGUACACACACACACAAACACACACACACACACACACACAAAUGCAUUGUGGUGUGGAUGAAUACAUAUCUAAAACACAAGAGGGCACUCGAGUGCCACAUAUCCAGCCUGCAGGCUGACAAUGCAAAUCACCAUGCAAGUAGCAGAGGAACAAAUAGGAUCGUAUUUCCUUUAUUCCACUUCUGUCAUCUUGUCCACUGGGUAGUCUUUCAAGGGAUUGCACAAUGAGAAAGUUAGAGUUUCUGACCUAGCAUGGGAGAAAGUGCUGCUCAGCAUAUCACCAUUACUUUUGUGGGUGGAGAAAGUGGCAGGGUGGUUAACGUGCUGCUUCCUUUAUUAGUAGCGUUCAGGUUUCAUUUAUACGAAUUGCUUUAAAGAGCAGGAGGAAACACCCCAAACAGUUAUGUAGUAAUAGUUACAUGCAGCAAUACUUACUCUACAACUGAGUUUUUUCAAUGCUUUUUGACUGUGCAAAGCAUUUUGUGUAUUAUCUUAGUGAUCCUGACAAUAUCCCUGCAAGAUAGGUCAGUGUUAUUAUCCCCAUUUAGCAGAGGAGCAGGAAGGACUAAGGCUGGGAGACAAAAGUCCCCCUCACACAUUAAUUAUGUGAAUAAUAGAUUUGCAGAGCUGGAGAGGACCAACCUCCCGCAAUGCAGGAAUCUGUUGCCCAACAUGGGAUUCGAACCCAAGACCCUGGGAUCUCAUGCUCUACCCACUGAGCUAAAUAUGAAGAGGCUCUACACAAUCAAAGGGACAGCAGGAGCACACUAUUGACUCUAUCCCAAGGUCACACAGCUUCAUGAUCCUGCCCUCCAGCAUCCAUGUAUUGAGAUGGAGAAGGCUAUAUUCACAGAUCUCUAGGCUUCCAUGGGAGCUGGAAUUCUGAGGCUUGAUACCUAGAGAUGGGGGGGUAAGAAGUCAUGUGACCUCAGAAGCUAGGCCUGUGGUGUGACUCCACUUAUUUUUCUGAGUAUGGAGGGACGUGGGUGGCGCUGUGGUCUAAACUGAGCCUCUUGGGCUUACUGACCGGAAAGUUGGCAGUUCGAAUCCCCGCAACAGGGUGAGCUCCCGUUGCUCUGUCCCAGCUCCUGCCAACCUAGCAGUUCGAAAGCAUGCCAGUGCAAGUAGAUAAAUAGGUACCGCUGCAGCGGAAAGGUAAACGGCAUUUCCAUGCACUCUGGCACUCGUCACGGUCCUCCAUGCGCCAGUGUUGGUUUAGUCAUGCUGAUCACAUGACCCGGAAAACUGUCUGUGGACAAACGCCAGCUCCCUUGGCCUGAAAAUGAGAUGAGCGCUGCAACCUCAGGGUCGCCUUUGACUGGACUUAACCGUCCAGGGGUCCUUUACCUUUACCUAUCUGAGUUGUCAAGAAACUAAGAACGUGUAGACAGCAUCUUAAAAAGCAGAGACAUCACCUUGCCAACAAAGGUCCUUAUAGUUAAAGCUAUGGUUUUCCCAGUAGUGAUGUAUGGAAGUGAGAGCUGGACCAUAAAGAAGGCUGAUCGCCAAAGAAUUGAUGCUUUUGAAUUAUGGUGCUGGAGGAGACUCUUGAGAGUCCCAUGAACUGCAAGAAGAUCAAACCUCUCCAUUCUUAAGGAAAUCAGCCCUGAGUGCUCACUGGAAGGACAGAUCCUGAAGCUGGGACUCCAAUACUUUGGCCACUUCAUGAGAAGAGAAGACUCCUUGGGAAAGACCCUGAUAUUGGGAAAGAUGGAGGGCACAAGGAGAAGGGAACGAUAGAGGACAAGAUGGUUGGAUAGUGUUCUCGAAGCUACUAGCAUGAGUUUGACCAAACUGCGGGAGGCAGUGGAAGACAGGAGUGCCUGGUGUGCUCUGGUCCAUGGGGUCACAAAGAGUCGGACACAACUAAACGACUAAACAACAACAAACAAAGAACGUGCCAGUGGUCACCAAGCGAUUCUUACAGCUAAUGUGGGAUUUGAUUUCCAGUUUACUUCCCAGGCUUGCAGUGAAACGGGCCAACAUGGGAAACACAGAGGGUUUAGCUAAUUGCAUAAUCUAGUUUGCACAAUAGAGUUUCUACAGCAGCUUGGCAGCUUCUUUCAUAAGUGGACCCAAGUUUUGCCCAGCAGAGGGCUGUGUAACAUUGCUAAUGCUGUAUACUUAUUGAAUAAGCUUGCAGCAAGAUGCUGAUCAGGGAGCAUUGGGUAACAAAGUUCAUUCUGCUAAACUCUGGAGCUAAAACAAACAAACAAACAAACAAACAGAAUGCUAAACUGUCUAGUGUCUACCAACAAUUGCCCCAGUUUAUCCUGGCAUGUGGCUCAGACUAAUGUUGGUUUCAAAGAAUAUAUCUGAGGGGAAAGUUGUUAAUUGUGCAGCAGUUUCAUACGAAAUACUUUCAUAAUAUUGACAGAAUAACUUCAGGCUGGUAUCGCUUAGAUUUAGAAGAAUCUUGGAGCCCAGAAUUACUGGGAGUUCUUGCUGCUGUCAGUGGAGACCACUGGCUGAAGUAUGCAUCAUGGGUUGGGAAUAUAGGAGCAGAGCUUCCAUUUGAGGCAGCAUCUACACUAUACAUUUAAAGCACUAUGAUACCAUUUUAACUGUCAUGGCUUCCCACCCCCCACCCCCAAGAAUCCUGGGAAUGGUAAUAUAUUAAGAGUGCUGGGAGUUAUUAGGAGACCUCUUACUCCCCUGAGAGCUACAAUUCCCAGAGUAGUUUAACAAUCACUUUCUUUGAAUGGAAAAGCUUUGUUUUCUACUCUCAUGGAAGACAAAUGCUUUAAUGUAGAGUACAAAAACGGAUGUGUUUAUUCUCUAGGUUCUCAUUGUUUACUAACAGCUUUUUGCAUUUUUAACAAAAAAAGAUGGUUUAACAUUUUCCACUUUAUUAAGUCAUUAAGACCUUGCCAAGAUGCCAGUAUUAUAAAGCAAAAAAAUACAGUCUUUUGUUUUUAAGACAGUAUGUUUUUCAAACCUUCACUUACUGAAAUGUGCUUAUUCUAGCUCUGUCACACAACACAUUUCUCUGUAAAUAAACAAACUUGGAUUCUUUGAGAAGUCUUCAAGAACUGAUAAGGUCUUGAGAUAGCUUGGGUUUCAUCAAAAGCUUUCACAUUGAAGGUCACUGGCACAUUCUUUUAGGCUGUUUCUCAAAAGGCAAUGUGAUUUAUUUUAUGGCAAAUGGGAAGGAUCAAGGACUUCUUUUUGGAAAUAGCUUUGUGAGUCAAGGUCAAAUCUGAAAGUUCUGCUUCUAUUACAGUGCUACCUCGGGUUACAUACGCUUCAGGUUACAGACUCCACUAACCCAGAAAUAGUACCUCGGGUUAAGAACUUUGCUUCAGGAUGAGAACAGAAAUUGUGCGGCGGUGGCACAGCGGCAUCUGGAGACCCCAUUAGCUAAAGUGGUGCCUCAGGUUAAGAACAGUUUCAGGUUAAGAACGGACCUCCGGAACGAAUUAAGUACUUAACCCGAGGUACCACUGUAUUGGAGGCCUGACAAAAUGAGCAAAUAUAAACAAAGUGCCUUUUGUUAGCCACGUGGCCCUAUGUGUAUUCCAGACUUCUUUGCUUCCCCUAGAGACUGAUCCCCCAAAUCUGCAUUACAUAUUGCAGCUACAGUAUGGCUGUUGCCAUAAGGGGCAUCUUUACCAGUGGGACAGAGUGAGAUAAAUCUCCCCCAUAUAGGGAAACCUCCACUUUGGGCUGCUUCCUAUUUAACAAGCCUGUUUCAAGAUGGCUUUCAUCUUUGGUCACAGCUCUGUUGUUGGCUAACUUCAAAAACCAAGAUGUAGUCCACUGAGUAGACAACUGGGUUUUCUUCUGGGAGAUUUAGGUUUGUCCUCUUCCUGUUGGCAUCACUGUCCCUUAGCCUCUGGUGUUUCCUUGUCUAUAAAAUGGGAAAUCGUCAGGGAGCUGUUGUGAAGGAAAGCACAAUGAGGGCUGUAAAGCACUUGACAGAUUAAAGUCCUAGGUGAGUGAUGAGGAGUAGUAGAGAGGCAUCUUUUCCUCUAAUAUUGGGGAUGUCUGCAUAUGCAGCAUUUUUCUUGUCGCAAGGAGAGCAGCCUGCUCUCUAAUUGAUCGCAGGUAGAAGAGGUACCGUAUUUUUCUGUGUAUAAGACUAAUUAUGUCAAAAUAAUGUCAAAAAUUAGGGGGAGUCUUAUUCAUGGAUUGUGCCGAGGGUGGACUGGCAACAAUCUGAGCCCCUCCCCCCCAAAUAGGGGGUGUCUUAUACGUGGGGGCGUCUUAUAGACGGAAAAAUACGGUAAUUCUGACAGUGGUUUCUUUCUUCCUUUAGUAAUUUGGUUGAUGUGUACAGAGAGCUGUUUUCCUCUUCCUUUUUUGCUAUUUUUGGGAGCAAAGAAUCCCUUUGGGGGUUUAGGUUUUUGGUUCAGUGGCUUCCUUAAAUGCUUGCAGCAGCCUGCUGUGUAAGAGAAGAGGCAGUCAGUUUCCUGUGGCUCCUCGCAUUGCUUUGGGGUGAUGUUCAGCUCCAUGGUGUUCCAGUCACCGUUAAGAUCAGAAGAGGCAGAGAUUGCACACUUCAGGUAUGCCCCCUGGACGUAUGGAAAGAAAUAAAGAUUCACUCACGGAUGAAAACCUGCCCUUGGACAGAAUAACUGACUAGGCAAGUUCAAUUGCAAUAGGGUAUGUGACUCACUGCAGGUAGAGGUACACCACAUGAUAGGAUAGGACUUCAUAAGCCUUGAGCAUCCUAAGAUGUGUAUGAUGAAGUCCCCUGUUUCAUGGGAGCUGGUGGAAAUUCAGAUCCCGUGGCUCUUCACCUGCCAUCCACCAUCAAAGAGGAGUGUUCUAUCUGAGGCCCUGCUUCCCCUGUCUCAGUUAAUGGCAAUUAAAGUGUGGAACGCAGAGUGUUCUUCACCAAAGCCUCUUGAUUGUGACACCAACCCUAGGGCGAAUUCCAGUGGGAAACACCAUCUUUUUGCAGCUGCGUAUCCUGGAUGUCAGCCAAGUCACCUUUGUAUUGCCUCCCACAUAAGCGCACCAUGUCCUCCAGUUGCCGAAGAAACUGUGCAGUACCAACAAUUUGGAAGCUGGGGUCAAGGCUGGGUGCCACAGGGCCCAGUGUUGAGAUCGCAGGCUGUUCACAAAUGUCCACUCAUUACCACUGGCCCUUUGGUUCAGAAACAGGCUUCUCUAAAAGGAGUGAGGUGUGGCUGGAGGUGCAAAAGUUCUGACUUGGACUGGAGGGAAAUGCAAGGGGGAAAUAGCACCUUUGACCACCAGUGACAUAUCCAGCGACUAUGAAACUGACAUGCCCUUUCUGAGCAUGCAAAUCCACAACCUUCCCACCUACCCAAGAACACUUGUUGUAUCAGUCCAGUUGCAAUAAAAGACUAAGUAGUUUUUAGUCACUUCCAUUAUUAAGAAAAUGCGGUUUCAGAAAUGUUUUAAUACAGCGUUGAUUUCCAGGGACAAUAAAUCAUGCUGUGGGUUUGGCUCAGUGGUAGGAGUAUGCUCAUUACAUAUACUAUAUUAUUUACUAUAGUGCUAUAUUGUUUUAAUUAAGGUGAGAAAUAAAUCUUCAUAUGAAGCAGGCAGUGGUAGUGGUGUGUGUGUGUGUGUGUGUGUGUGUGUGUGUGUGUGUGUGUGUGUUUAAGCACCAUACUUUUUCUUCCUCCAAGGAGAUAAGCCUCCUUUUAUCCUCACAACAAUCCUGUGAGGUAGGUUUGGUAGACAGAGGGAGGCCCAAAGCCAUCCACUGAGCUUCAUGUCUGAGAGAGUAUUUGAACCCAGGCCUCCCGGGGUAAAUCGUGCAUUGUACCACACAGGCUGAAAUGGGGACAGGUAUCAGCGAUUCAUUCCUUCUUUACCUGAAGUGCUGGCUAAUUUUGCUCACGGAGUGAGAAGUGGCGAGAUUAACCUCCAACAGGGCUUCAUCUAGCAGUUACCAGCUGCGACAGUUGCUGUCUAUCUGCUACCUAUAAGGUCUGGCUCCCAGCUUUAGGCGCUGUGUGGACAAAGUGGAGGUUUUUUUCUUCUUCUCCCUCUUGCAUAAUACUAGAACCGGGGGCAAUCCAACGAAGCAGAAUGUCGGAGGAUUCAGGGCAGACAAAUAAAGUGCUUCACACAGCACAUAGCUGAACUCUGGAAUUUGCUCCAUAGUUUAAAGCCAACUUAGAUGGCUUUAAAAGAGGAUUAGACCAUGGGUAAGCAAACUAAGGGGCCCGGAUCUGGCCCAAUCGCCUUCUAAAUCCAGCCCAUGGACAGUCCAGGAAUCAGUGUGUUUUUACAUGAGUAGAAUGUGUCCUUUUAUUUAAAAUGCAUCUCUGGGUUAUUUGUGGAGCAUAGGAAUUCGUUCAUUCCCCCCCCCCCCAAUAUAGUCUGCCCCCCCAAGGUCUGAGGGACAGUGGACUGGCCCCGUGCUGAAAAAGUUUGCUGACCCCUGGCUUAGACAGAUGCAUGUGGGGAUAAAGCUAUCAGUGGCUACUAGCGACAGUGGCUAUGCUCCACCUCCACUGCUGGAGGCAGUAGGCCUCUAAAUACCAGUCGCUGGGAUCUACAAAUGCAGAAAGUUGUUCUAGCAUUCAGGUCCUGCUGCGGGCAUCUGGUUGGCUACGGUGAGAACAGAAUGCUGUACUAGACGGGCAUUUGGCUUGAUCCUGCAGGGCUCUUGUUAAUUUUCUUAUAGAAGGCUGCAGUAGGAGGAGAUCAGAGGCAGAAGUAAUGGCCACAGACAGUCAAACAAAAGGUUGCGAUGAGGGAAUAGAUUCAGUAGUACUUGAAGUUGCCGGAUUCAGUACGGAGCUGGGCCCUUGCUCUUUCUCUUGUGGUGAACAAGGAAUUCAGUAGGUGAAACUUCUCUUUUUUAAAAAAAAUAUCCUAACCAUGUAACUUCAAUAGUAAUGGGAUAGGCUGCAUCUGGUGAAACUCUGCCUGCUCUGACAUAGUUUAAAGCCCAGGAGCCCAGGCAUGUCCAAUGCUGAAUCUUUUGGCAGCCCUAGCUACUGCCUCUCCUCCCGCCCCCUGACAUUUUAAUGCCAUAAUAUGUUGCCUUUCCUCUAGGUUUCUCGAAAUGCACCUUACGCAACAGACAAUAUGAAGAACCACGACAAGCCGGAAGACUGGAAAGAAACAAGCAAGCAAGAUGAACAAAUGGAGAUGACCCUAAACUUAAUGAGAACGACUGACGAGCUAAGGUGAGAACAAAGAUGUUCUCUGCAUGUUGCUAAACCGUAGUUCCCAUCAAACCCAGCCAUUGGCCAUGCUUGUUGUGGCUUGUGGGAGUUGUAUUUCUGCAACAUCUAGAGGGCCCAAGGUUCCCUGCAUCUGGUGUAUGGGGUCUGGACAACUGGGAAUGCACCUGAAGCAUCACUCUCCUCUUACACCUCCUUCCUCUCUUUCUGCUCCUGUGUUAGGUCCAAAGUUACUGUAAGAUGGAAUGCAGAUGAGUAAUGAUUUAGUUGUAGAUGCGAUCUUCAAAAGAAAGUGUAUUUCUCCACCACCACCACACCCUCCCUAGGCCAAUGUUGUAGCCCCAGGCCUGUUUUAAACCAUUAGGUACUCAUUCAACCCCCACGGUGCAUUUACAUUUUGUACUAAUGGAUGCACUGCAAAUAUUUUCUCAUUAGGGAACCAGGAUAGCAGUUCUGUCACAUUCCAGCCCCACCUGCUUUCAGAUUUCUUAGCAACAAUUAUCAGCCAGCUCUAUUUUUACCUUUUUUUUAAAAAAAAAAAAGGUCCCAAGGCAUUCUUACUCUUCUUUUGUUUUCAGUUUUGAUUCCUCAUUCACAUCUUUAUUUCAUAAUGCACUAAAACAUCAUCCAGAUAGGGAACCCAAAUAUCAUACUAAAUUAGAAACACCUGUCAUAUUCUGAAAGAAAGAAAUGUGUUGAUCCUGUGUAAGAUAUUCUGAAAUAUCUGAAAGUUCUGAAAGAUCUAAAGUUGUUAAGCCUGAAGAGGGUGGAUGGGCAGGGAGGUGACAUUCAUUAUAUUGCCAACAUUAUAUGGCUUCCAUAAUAGGGCAGCACAACUGAUUACAAUGUUUUGUUUUUAUGAGGACAAAGGAAAAGCUGCGGAUUCAGUCAAAGGCUCAACAUUUUCAAGUUAGCGAUGGGGCAAGGGGGCGGGGAGAGGAACCUAAAGACUGUAAUUCCAAUUACUUUUAAGCCUGCAUUAUGUAGAAAUGUUACAGACUCUAGCCCUCACAUUUUGCGGCCACUUUCCUCCAUCCUUUACAGAAAAGCCCACAACUUCAUACCCUGCGUUUGUGUGCGGGUGCAGGUGUAGUCCACAAAAGUUUAUACCACAGAUACCAUGAUACUUGUUUUUGCUGCAACAUACUAACAUCAGUCACUGCAGAUGCUUUCCUGGUGUUCUGAGGCUUCUCAUAGUUGGGUGUUUUCUGGGGGUAGAAAAACUUUUUAAUAUUGCUUUUAGAGCUUGAAGAUAGCAGGCAGACACUUUUUCAUUAAUCAGCUUAAGAUAUUCUCCUUCAACAGCAGAUGAUAACAAAGCAAUUGAUACCAGCAAUGAAAAGACCGCUCCCCUUCCUGGGGGGGGGGAUUGCAGGCGGGCCACGAGUAUUCCCCGUGUUCGGUGGGGGGCAUACUCUGGUUUCUCUUCAGAUCGUAUAAAUCUUUUGCCUUUUUUCGGUGGGGGGCAUGUCAAUGCCUCCCGCGUCAUUGGGAGUCCCAGCCAUGUCAUGCCCCACAGCUGACCAAUCAGGUCGACUGGGGGUGUGGCUUACCCGAUUUAAACCUCUGCGCGGCCGGGGCUCAGUCUCCUUUUCUCCUCCUGUGUCGGAACUAUGUGACAAUAUUUCUGUGGCUUGCUCUCUCAAACAAUGGCACCAUCAUAGAUACACACACACACACACACACACACCGGUUGCUCCACUGUGUACAGAUUGAAAUACCGUAAUCUCUGGGUUUUCAGGCAGUUUAGUGUUUUUGAUGUUUUGUUAUCUGUAGAAAAAUGCUAUUACAGUAAUGGGCUGAUGAAAUGUUUUAAGUAGAUCCAUAAAUGGAGGUGAGGACAUACUGAAAAAUUCAUAGGAUUGCAGAGUUGGAGGGAACCCCGAGGGUCAUCUAGUCCAACCCCCUGCAAUGCAGGAAUCUCAACUAAAGCAUCCAUGACAAAGGGCCAUCCAACCUCUGCUUAAAAACCUCCAAGGAAGGAGGAGAGUCCACAACCUCCCGAGAGAGACCGCUCCACUUCAAACAGCUCUUACUAUCAGAAAGUUAUUCCUGAUGUACUCUUCUCUGUUUGAUUCAGAGCAGCCAAACGCAAGGAAGUGGAGAAUCGCAUCAGACAGCACACACAAAUGAUGAAAGAAAGAAGGAAAAGGUUAACAGGGAUCCCUCAAGAAGAUAUGGAGAGAGCAAAACAAGACUAUGAGAUUGUAGGUUGCAUUAUUACAUUUUGUUGCUCCAUUUGUUUUUGUUUUUUUCUGCAAACCGUGGCUAUCCUCAUUUUAUAUUCUUUGUUGAAAAAUAAAAAGGACAAAAUUACAAGUCCACAGAGUAAGGUAAAACAAAAAAAAGUAGAAACAAGAAAUAGUACCCAAGCAGAAACAAAACCGUAGCUUUCCUAUUGUUACCAGAUCUGCUCAUGAAUGCUUAAGACUAUCUGACUUUUAGAAGACAUCUGAAGGCAGCCCUGUUUAGGGAAGUUUUUAAUGUUUGAUGUUUUAUCGCUUUAUCAUCAUCAUCAUCAUUAUUAAUGUUCUGUUGGGAACCACGCAGAGUGGCUGGGGAAACCCAUCCAGAUGGAUGAGGUAUAAAUUAUUAUUAUUAUUAUUAUUAUUAUUAUUAUUAUUAUAUUCCUGCAUUACAGGGAGUUAGACUAGAUGACCCUCAGUGGUCCCUUCCAACUCUACCGUUUUAUGAUUCUUACUCAUACAACUUAUACAUAUAUUCAAUGAAGUGUCACUGUAGGGAUUUUUACUGGAGACAGUUGUGUGCCACAGACGUUUUUGCAAAAGACAUGAUUAGAAAUACCAAUAUUGUCAAGGUAACACUACAAAUCAAAAUUGCAAACCACAUUCAAAUUUUGCUCUGCAGUUCUAGUCAUAAAUAAAAUAAAGUUUCUGCAAAACAUGCUUUCCCUAGUUCGGAUACAAUGCAAAACUAUGGUUUGCUAGUCAUCUGUCACCAACCCUCAUUCAUCUGGCAGCAAAUCAGAUUUGGGCUUACAUCUGAAUUGACAUAUCAUGAUAAUACAGUUUUUUUGUUCCGGUAAAUUUAUGCUAAAGUGCUGCCAAAAACUUAGGGCAUCUUACUUUUUGUAUGUUGGUUAAUAAAGCUGCAGUCAUGUGCACAUUUCUGUGGGAGUGAAUCCCAUUGAACUAAGUGGGACUUACUUCUAAGUAAACAUCCGUAAGUUUGAUCUGCAUAAGAAGCAAGAGGAGCUUUGCAAGACUCACUUAGAUUAAGUCAGACCUCUUUGCAGCUCUCUGCCAAAUGAGCUUAACAUUUCCAUGCUUCUGGCAAAGUGAGCCCUGGCCCAAGAAAGAUAAUUCCUGAUAAAUUUAUUUGUCUUUAUAGUGCCACCAGACACCCCGUGCUGUUUUGGCUACAAGAGACUGAUACAGCUACCCCUCUCAAAUUGGUAUUGGCAGCAAAGUUUUGAGUUGUGCAGAAGGUUUCUUUGAAGCUUUGUUGCCCAAAGGUUGCUGUGGAUUCAGUUCUUUGGUUUGGGGACCAGUGUAGGAACCAUUUAGCUUUGGAAUCCAGUUUCACAAAUACAGUGGACCCUCAGGUUAUGUUACCUUUGGGUAAUGUAACUUUCGGGUUGCGAACGCAGCAAACCCAGAAGUGUAUACUUCCGGGUUUCGCCGCAUGCGCAGAAGCGCUCUGCGUGCUUCGCGCAUGGGCAGAAGCACUCUAUCGCGCCGUUCACGUGCACAGAAGCGGUGCUUCUAGAUGAAGACUUUUCAGGGUAUGUAUGGACCCCCAGAACAAUUAAGUUCAUAUCCAGAGGGUCCACUGUACAGCAGUAGAUAGCUACCUGAGACACAAAUGAAUAGUUGGGCACUAGCCUUGUUAAUGUGAUAACAACUCUAGUGUUCAUGCUUUUUAUGUUUCCUGCCACAGGCUGAAAACCUAGAACAGCAGCUAGCAAAUCUGAAAAGAGACCUGAAUCAGGAAUAUCGUUUCACUGCCUUUACAGGAGAAGUGCAACCACCAGAGAAUCCACUGCCUAUCAACAAGCCUCCAAAUAUCUUUUCUAACACGACAUUUUAAAUUAUAUUAAAGAGAAUUUGUCAUGCAGCAGCCACCUACACCAGCUUGCUUUGCAGUUGAUCUGCUUUUAACCAGGCUUUCAAAUUUGUCCUUUUCUCCUUUGUUCUUGUUUGUUUUGCUUUGGAACGUAAAAAUUGGAAUCUUUCACACUCAUCACCCUCCCCGUUUCAAUAUGUGCCUACAAGGUUUUGAAGUGCCUUCCGUUACUGCAUGGUUUUAAUGCCGAUUAUUGUUAAUAUUACGUACCUUCCUGGAACCCUGCUUCCAAGAUGAGCCUCGUAGAUAUUUGUCGUAAUUCUCAAUCUCUUUUAAGAUCCAGUGGAGCAGAAUUGCAGGAUAUCCUACAAUUCUAAUGUAACGGGCCUCUCUAAUUAAAGGAAAAGUUCACACCUUUUAAAUGAAGAGUUUAAAAAAAAAACCCAGUGAUUGGUAAUAUCCUUAAUAAACAUAUUUCCAGCUGUAGAGACUGGAAGGUUAUCAGAUUGGCAUUCAACCUCCUGGAGGUUUUAAAGAGCAGCAAGUGACUCACCUGGCCGCUCUUCUGUGCCUCCUUAGGCAGAUCAGUUUUGUAACUCAUCAUUAAAGCCAUCAUGUUUUAUUUCAAGAUUUUUUUCACUACGGAUCAACAUGCAAUUUUGGUUUCUAUGUCCUUGGGAAGAGUCAAAUCCUUGCCCCCCGAGUUUUGUUGUCAGCAAUAUUUUUUCAAG